AUGGCAGCCCCAAAAUCCCCGGUCAGUAUUAUCCUCCUCAUCAUCAUCAUCUCCACCAAAUUAACAAUCUCCUUGGCCCAAUCCCAAUCCAAUUGCUGGAAAUCGGAUAGAGAUGCUCUUAUGGCUUUCAAGAACGCCAUCUCCACCGACACAACUGCAAGUCUGAGCACGUGGACAAACGCUUCCGACCCUUGUAGCGGCGGUUGGGUAGGUGUAGUCUGCCACCCUCUCUCCGGAAGAGUCACCCAAUUGACUCUCCAAAACCCAACACCAACAGCAGCCUACAUGGAAGGCUCUCUCUCCCCUUCACUCGCAGACUUAUCUUAUUUGGAGACUUUACUCAUAACCGGGAUGAAGAGAAUCACGGGAACCAUCCCUCAGGCCUUUUUCCGUCUCUCCCGCUUGACAACUCUCGUUUUGGACGAUAAUGCCCUUUCGGGUCCCCUUCCUCCCACUCUCCCCACCAAACUCAACGCUUUGUCCCUCAGCGGAAACCGAUUCACCGCCCGAAUUCCUUCCCUUUCACUCUUCACCAAUCUUUCCACCUUGAGCCUCUCCCGGAAUCUCUUCAUCGGCCAAAUCCCUCCACUUCCUCCCACCCUCCAAUUUCUCGAUCUCAGCUUCAAUUCCUUAUCCGGCCCCAUAACCAUUCUCGGAGUAAAUCGCCUCACAAAUCUCGUGCUCACUGGAAAUCGUUUGUCUGGCCCCAUACCUGAAUCUAUCUUUCGCCUGCCCCACUUAUCCGAGCUCUCGAUCGACCACAAUCAGCUGACGGGCAAUAUCCCGCCCAAAAUCUCCGCCCUCACCACUCUCGCCGUGUUGAGAUUGAGCAAUAACAAGCUCACCGGCCGGAUUCCGGCUUCUCUGUCCCAGCUAAACAACUUGUGGGAUCUUAAUCUAUCCAGAAACUCAUUAAUCGGGCCUUUGCCCGUUGAAUUCGAUAAGGGGCUGCCUUCUCUCUCAUCACUUGACCUUUCCUUUAACAAAUUUUCUUUGAAAUCGGUCCCUAAUUGGAUCAAGGACAGAAAAACACUAACCGAUGUGAGAUUAGCCAGCUGCGGGCUUCAGGGGCCGUUGCCGGUCUUCGCCAACCCCGACAUUCUUACGACGGUGGACCUCUCCAGCAACGGCUUCACAGGUACUGAGAUUUCCAAUUUCCUGCAAAGGAUGCCGUAUUUGAACAGCGCCAAUCUUUCACACAACUUGCUCCGUGCUGACGUGUCCACGAUCAGAUUGCCGGCACAGAUUUCUGUUCUCGACCUCAGUUCAAACGGGCUUUCGGGCUCCCUCUCCAGACUGUUGACAACCGAGACCAGAAAGUUCGUGCAAGUCCUAGAUUUGUCGAGGAAUGAUAUUUCCGGGAUUAUUCCAGAAUUCAGGAGUGGGCUGGGCUUAGAAGUGCUCAACUUGGCAGGGAACAAGAUUUCAGGGCCCAUACCCGACUCGAUCUCGAGGGUAACUGGGCUGGAGAGGUUAGACAUCUCAAGAAACAGGGUGAUGGGCCAGAUACCAAUGGGCCUCGGCAAGCUGCAUAACUUGCAAUGGCUGGAUUUAUCAAACAACGGGCUUAGUGGGCCGAUACCGGCAAGUUGGGCUGCCAACGCAACACUGAAGCAUUUGAGUCUCAGGAACAACAGAUUGAGCGGGUCGAUACCGCAGUUUAGGCCUUUUAAUGUAUUUCCAAAAGCUGCUUAUUCUGGCAAUAAGGGAUUGUGUGGCAAACCUUUGCCACUUUGCAAGGCCCACUGA